AUGAAGUUAUCAAGCCUUACAACUAAGUUACGGGUCGUAUUCGAUGCAUCGGCCAAAAGUACUUCCAACUUAUCCUUGAACGAUGUGCUUUUGUGUGGUCCAACUGUUCAAGAUGAUUUAGUUACAAUAUUGAUGCGAUUCCGUAAACACCAGGUUGUCAUAACAGCAGACGUGGAGAAGAUGUUCAGACAAAUAAGGGUAGCUGAAGAAGACCAAGACUGGCAAAGGAUAGUUUGGAGAUCGCAGCCAGAUAUAGCAUUAGAAUUGUAUCGACUUACAACCGUAACUUAUGGCACAACUUCAGCUUCAUUUAUGGCAACAAAUUGUCUUGUAUCGCUAUCCGAAGAAGCAAAACAGAAAUACCCAGAAGCGUCAAAGGUCAUACGCCACGACUUCUAUAUGGAUGAUUUAAUGACCGGUGCCAGCACAAUUGAUGAGUGCUGCCAGUUACAGAAGCAAAUCGACUCAAUUCUAGAAUCAGCACACUUUCCCUUGCGCAAAUGGUGUUCGAAUUCAACUGAGGUUUUAGAGCACAUUGGCAAUUCAAGCAAUGAUCCGCUAUUUGCACUACAGAUUGGUGAAGAGGACAUAAUCAAAUCAUUGGGGCUUAGUUGGAAGCCAGCGUUGGACGCAUUUCAAUUCAUAGUAGAGCAGAGAGUAUUUAUAGCUAAGUCGACAAAAAGAACGCUAUUAUCUGAUCUAAAUAGAAUCUUUGACCCUCUAGGGUUGCUGGCGCCUGUGCUGGUAAGAGGAAAAAUAUUCUUGCAGCAGCUGUGGCAGUUGAAAAUAGAAUGGGACCAACAGCUGCCAGAGGAAUUGUCAAAGAGAUGGUACACAUUUUAUCAAGAGUUCAAUGAUCUAAGUUAUCUACCUAUUCCGAGAAAGUGUAUACCUUACCAAUCUGUGGAAGUUGAAAUCCAUGGGUUUUGCGACGCAUCGGAAGAGGCCUAUGGAUCUGCAAUCUACGUACGAAGUAAAGAUAUGACGGGCUGCUGGCACUCCCGAUUGCUUUGUGCGAGGACACGCGUCGCGCCAUUAAAGGGGUCGACAAUACCAAGGCUUGAGCUGGGGGGAGCAUUAACACUCAUUCAGCUAUCGAUAAAGGUGUCCGAGGCCUUAGAGAUGGAUGUGAAAAAAUUUUACCUAUGGACGGAUUCUAUGGUAGUGCUUGGUUGGCUAAAUUCACAAACUUGUAGAUUGAAAACAUUCGUGGCCAACCGGGUAGAGGAGAUUCUAGAGACUACGCAGCCCGAGCAAUGGAGGCAUGUCGUGACAAGCGAAAAUCCAGCUGAUAUUCUCUCUCGAGGAACAACGGUGAAUAAUCUUCAGAACAUGAACCUAUGGUGGCAGGGACCACAUUGGUUAACGUCAGAGUCAGACGAGUUUAAGAAAUCAGUCAUUACAAACCAGAAUCAGGACCUGCCGGAGCAGCGCAAGAUUAAGCUAGCAUUGUUGGCAGUGAAUCCGCUAGGCAACCUUUUCCAGCACUAUUCCAGUUGGCGGAAUCUGCUAUGUGCAGUGGCAUGGAUUGCGAGGUUCCUAAGGUAUUUAAAGGCGAAAAAGAACUUGGAGGUGCCCAAAUAUCUAACCGUAUCUGAGCUGAAAUCAGCAGAGAUAACAGUGCUAAAGCAGGUACAGAAGGAGGUGUUUGCAAGAGAGAUAUUGGAACUGGAAAAUGGUAAUGAUGUAGGAAGAAAUAGCAAGCUAAAGGGACUCUCACCGUUUUUAGAAGACGGCUUGAUCUUAGUCGGUGGACGAUUAGGACACGCGCAAAUCCCUGAGCGCCAAAAGCACCCAAUAGUGUUGCCUAAUGGUCAUAGAGUAUCGAGGCUAAUUUUCGAGAAUAAACAUCGGGAACUUCUACAUUGCGGGCCACAGUCACUGCUGGCUGACAUCAGACGUGUAUACUGGCCAAUUAAGGGACGGAUUACGGCGCGAUCAGUCAUAUCAAAGUGUGUAAGAUGCGCUAGGGCAAGGCCACAAUGUUCACAGCCACUAAUGGGACAACUACCACAGCAAAGAGUCAAUGUCUCACCGCCGUUUGCUGUAGCAGGUGUUGACUUUGCAGGGCCAUUAAUUGUCCGAAGUGGAGUACGUCGAAUUGUCGGAACAAAAGCCUGGAUAUCACUAUUUGUCUGUUUUUCGACAAGAGCUAUUCAUCUAGAAGUGGUAGAGAAUCUAUCCAGUGGUGCUUUUGUAGCUGCGCUUAGGCGUUUCAUGGCACGAAGAGGACGUUGUGUGAAAAUAUAUAGCRACAAUGGGACUAACUUCGUGGGCGCCCAGAAGGAACUCAACAUUCCAAUUCAACAAAGCAUACCUGUAUUAGCCAAGGAAGGUGUUGAAUGGCAUUUCAACCCGCCCUCUGCUCCACAUUUUGGCGGCUUAUGGGAAAGUGCGGUCAAAAGUGCUAAACACCAUUUAACUCGUAUGCUUGGUGAAACCAAACUCACCAUAGGCGAGCUCAAUACCUUACUGUGCCAGAUUGAGGCAUGUCUAAACUCACGACCGCUCACACCAAUGAGUCAUGACCCUUCAGAGCCAGAAGCACUGACCCCAGCCCACUUCCUAAUUGGUAGGCCCAUCACAUUAAUGCCUGAAGUAGACCUGACCCAAGAAAAUCCAAGAGGCAUGCGCAGGUGGAAAUACGUACAACACCUAAGCCAAACAUUUUGGAAAAGAUGGCAUGCAGAAUAUUUACCACAAAUGCAAAUUCGAGGAAAAUGGACAACAAAAAAGGGACCACUGAAGAUCGAUGAUAUUGUAAUAAUAAAGGAAGAUCAUGUACCACCUACCAGAUGGAAGCUUGGCAGAGUCGUUAAAGUCCAUCCAGGAGUAGAUGGAGAAAUCAGAGUGGUUACAGUACGAACUGGUUCAAGAACGGAAAUGAAAAGGCCAGCAGUUAAACUAUGCCGACUCCCAACAGACAAAGACCUAACUAUAGAUGCAGACGAAGAGGUAGUUGAAAAAUAA